AUGAAUCGACAAUCCAUUGUUUUAAUGCCUCUUUGUCUCUCGUAUUUUCUUAUUAUUUUACUUGUAUUGCAAUCAACAAGAUCUGUUCAAUCAAUUGCUCUAAGUAGUCUUUGUGGAGAUUUUGGCCACUCAUGUUUUGGAGGCAAUUGGGGUAAGCGUGAACUGUUAAGAGAUAGAUUAGUUCCAGAUGUUGUUCAUACCAAUACUGACACAAAUGGCGAUGGUAUAGAGAUACCGAGUACAUCUAAUAAAAAUCCCAUGCACAAUUUUCUAAAAAAACUCCGAUCGCAGUUUUUAUUUCAACAGCGAUUACGUCAAUUGCUCCAGUUAGAAUAA